UCAAAGGCUUUGUAGUUCUGGUUCCAGCAGAGUAAAGCAGAAAGCAAUCAGCGAUCAUGCAGUCCUCCACUUUCCUGAUGGCCCUUUUGGUGGUUGCCCUGCUCAUGCUGUGCAGCGCUCCUGCCACUGAAGCCACCUUCUUCCUGAUCGCCUGCAUGCUGCGAUCUCCUCUCUGCCCAUGGCGAACCACUGCCUCUUCCAGUUCCACUUAG